CGCUCCUCACCCUCUUGUCCCUCCUGGGAUGGACAGAGCCUUAGCGAGGCUGCAGAGCCACAAGCCACCGAGAAGAUGCUGGCUCCAUCCGUCCAUCCGCUCCUCUGGCUGUUCGGCUGCAUGCUGUUCCGAGGUACUACCGCCUCCACAGACUCCUCUGUCCAUGCUGUAACAGGUCAAUCCCAAUCAACACCACACAGCCCUGAAGUAAAGAACCAUCCCUCAGAGCCUUCAGUAAAAUCAACACCACCAACUGACUUGAAUCUCAGCUCUUCUGUGGGUCAAACUACUACAGCCCAGACCUCCCCCAUGACCACAACACUGCUAGCGUUGACUGCGCGAGAUGAAAAGUCUAGUGGAAGCAGAAGCACAGCAGCUUCACCACCUCAAGGUCAAGAGCCCAAGAGAAGUGAGAGUACCACAACAUCAGCAACUCAAGGCACCUCAAAGUCAGUCACCUCAACACCGAACUCCUCCGACUACUUGCCUGCGCCCACUCCAACGGAUGAUAAAUCACCACUGACGGUGGCAGCUUUUGGUGUCAUCAGCUUCAUAGUUAUCCUGAUAGUGGUUGUGAUCAUUCUGGUCAGCGUGGUCAGCCUGAGGUUCAAGUGUAACCGCUCAAAGGACUCAGAAGACAAACACAAACCAGGAACCUCCAUGGUAUCAGAGAGCUGCUCGGCAGGCCCAAGCCAGAAGGAUAAUAGCAUCACUCUGAUCUCCAUGAAGAACAUCAACAUGAACAACAGCAUGAGUUACCCACCAUCAGAAAAGGUGCUAUGAAGCCAAGGGCCCAGAGCUUGAAGCUGACACAUGACAACCAGCAGUGACUUUCUAAGUUCUUUUUGGUUUGUUUUUUUUUCCUUUGAGGAAAGAGCAAGGGUGGACUUUAUAUAUAAAUUAUUAUGUCCUUUCUGAUCAAUACAUUUACAGUAGCAUCCCACAUAGCUUCCCCACCUGGGGUCUAAGGGCUUUCUCCAGUUGCAGCCUGCCAUGCGCAAUGGCUGAUAUGUAACUCUGCUUUUGAUAGGCCUUCAAACACUCAGACUAUUCCUGCAGCAAGAAGCACCAAGGCACCAUCCACUUUGCUAAUAAACUGCUGCCUUAAAUUAAUGGCCUUUAUAGUCUGUGCCAGGCAGUCACAGGCUCGUUAAUCAAUAUAGCCCCACAUCGAGUCAAACCUGUGCAUUAGAAAAGCAUGACCUGAAGCUGAAGGCCUAAUGGGACUUAAACAGCCAAGUGCUAGAUCAGAUCCCAGCACAAUUGCUCCAAGCCCCUUAUCCUUGGUGCUCUCAUUGUCCCCACAGCGGUGGGGAUGAUCAUAUACACCUACCUCACAGGGUUGUUGUGAGGCUACGUUAAUCAAUGUCUGUAAAGCAUUUGGAGAGCCAUGAAUUAAAGGUGCUGCUGAAAUGCAAACUGCCAUCUUAAAUACUUUAUUAUUAAUAACUGAGCUUCAGGCAGGCAGAUUUCUAUCUUCCCACAGGCCCAACAUGCUCAAAGAAGACUUAUCUUAAGUGUAAAGAACAAGGUCUCUGCAUAAACAGGGUUUUAUCCGAGUGUAAAAAGGAGUGGCCGCAAGCAAAAUGCCGAGCUACUUCAGCACCUGAAAUAUGGUAGCCUGAGUUUGCUGGAAGAGCUUCCACCUUCCAUACCACAGCUUUCCCAGAGCUUCCUGACAGACCAGAAAAGCAGCAUCCCCUUCCACAGAUCAGCCAGCGCACCCACCUUACCUCAGCA